AUGGAGAAAAGAAAUAUGAUUAGAUGUUACUCAUCAAUAUAUAUUUUUGAUCAACCAAUAAAUGAAAUUACUGUUGAUCAUCGGAUGCAUAUAAGCAUAGCAUAGAGAGUUAAGGUGUUGGAAUAAUAAUACUAUAAAUUUACUAGUAAAUAUUGUCUAAACCAAACCAUUUCAAUUAGAAAAGAAUUGCAGGUUAUUAAUCAUGUUUAUUCUUAGGUGUUAUUUCAAAGUACAACAUAUGCUUCUAAAAAGUGUUUCACUCUAUCAAGAGAUAACCUUUCAUGUAUUAUAGUUAUCAACCUUGAUAAACUCACCAAUCAGCUUUAAUUGUAAAAUUAUUAGUGUAAACUUCUUGCUAUAAUCUUUACUUUAUCGACUCAAUAUGAAGGCUAAAAUAAAUAUGUUCUUGGUUGA